GUUCAUUCCGACAUUAAUUCAAACCCAGUCGUGAUAUAUUCUAUACUAUCAGUUCUGUGUUGGCGAUUGCUGUACGAGCAUUAAGUGUUGUGGAAAAAAACAAUUCUUUCAAAUUCAUAUUAAAAAUGGCUGAACCAAUUCGUGUGUGCAUUACCGGAGCCUGUGGACAGAUAGCGUACUCAAUUUUGUACAUGAUUGCCAAGGGUGAUGUGUUUGGACGUGACCAACCAUUGAUCUUACAUUUAUUGGACAUUCCACCGAUGAUGGGUGUCUUGGAAGGUGUUGUUAUGGAAUUGGCUGAUUGUGCGUUGCCAUUGCUCGUUCAAGUUGUUCCAACUGCUGAUCCAAAUGUUGCUUUCAAAGAUGUUUCUGCCGCCUUUCUUGUUGGCUCAAUGCCCCGCAAAGAGGGGAUGGAGCGGAAAGAUUUACUGUCGGCUAAUGUAAAGAUUUUCAAAGUGCAAGGCGAAGCACUUGAUAAAUAUGCUAAAAAGGAUGUGAAAGUCUUGGUUGUUGGCAAUCCAGCCAAUACAAAUGCAUUCAUUUGUUCACAAUAUGCACCAUCUAUUCCACGCGAAAAUUUUACAGCAAUGACACGUUUAGAUCAAAAUCGUGCCCAAGCCAAUAUUGCAGCCAAAGUCGGCGUCCCAGUGGAGAAUGUGAAAAAUGUUGUAAUUUGGGGUAAUCAUUCGGCGACUCAAUUUCCAGAUGUCAAAAAUGCAACAGUCAAAGUUGGAAACGUCGAAAAAUCCGUUUACGACGCUGUCGGUGAUAGCAGCUAUUUAGAAAAUGACUUCAUUACAACAAUUCAGAAGAGAGGGGCUGCUGUUAUUGCUGCACGAAAAAUGUCAUCUGCAAUGUCUGCUGCUAAGGCUGCCUCAGAUCAUAUGCACGACUGGUGGAAUGGUACUGAAAACGGAAAGUGGGUUUCAAUGGGAGUAGUUUCAGAUGGAUCUUAUGGUGUACCAAAAGAUAUCGUAUUCUCAUUCCCAGUGACAAUUGAAAACAAGCAAUGGAAAAUCGUCCAAGGAUUGACAGUCGAUGACUUUUCUCGAAGCAAAUUUGCUGUCACAGCUACUGAACUGUUGGAAGAAAAGGAAGAGGCAACAGCUGUUUGUAAAUUGUAAAUAGAGAGAAUAUUUUCAAUUGGCUUAAAUGAUCAUACAAAUAGCCAAAAAAUGUAAAACAGGAUAAAUCACUAAAAUAAAAAUCAUACAUUGCAA